UUCACCACUUCAUGUGACAGUGCAGUGCAGUUUGUUUUGUUGUCUCGUUGCAUACAGUCAAGGCUGUGUGAACUGGCAGUAAAAUAUUCCUAAAUACAUUCUCUCUCCAUAUUUUUGACCUGAAGACAUACUCUGACCUCUGCAGAAUCUUGGGGAUGUUCAGUCGGCAGUAACUUAGCUGUGAAAAGAGAGGAUCAGACAAGAUGGAAAACAAUCUUGCGGACAAAGAGAGCUUCACCCUGCAGGAGGUCAGACUCAUCCUGAUCGGAGGGAGAUGGGCUGGAAAGAGUUCAUCUGGCAACACCAUACUGAGAAAGGAAAGGUUUGAGUGUGGCCGAACCAGAACGGCUCAGUCCGAAGUGAGACAUGAAGAAGUGGAGGGCAGGAAGUUGACCGUGGUUGAUGCUCCAGGAUGGAGCAGCUCUCUCUCCCUCACAGAGAUCCCAGAGGGGAACAAGCAAACAUUUAAACUCAAUGCGUCAAAGUGUCUGCCCGGACCACAGGUUUUUCUCCUCGUAAUCCCUAUAGAUUCAGCUUUUUCUGUGGAGCAGAGAAGGACCGUAGAGGAGCACAUGAAACUCCUAGGAGAGCGGGUUUGGAGAUACACCAUGUUGCUGUUCACCUGUGGGGAUUUCCUCGGGGAGAAGACGAUAGAGCGGCACAUUGAGAGUGAGGGAGGUGCACUCAAGUGGUUAAUAGAGAAGUGCAGGAACAGAUACCAUGUGUUCAAUAACAAGGAUAAAAGUAACUUAUCUCAGGUCACACUGCUGCUGGAGAAGAUAGAUGAAAUGGUGUGGCACAACAAUGGCAGUUGCUAUGAGGUAGAUGAACAGACUUUUACCAUCAUUGAAAAGAAGCAACGAGAGGUGGCUGAAAGAGCAGAAAAGAGACGCAGGAGGGCAGAGGAGCAAAGACAACAAAUGAAAACGCUCAUUCCAGAAGAGAUGAAACCCAUCCCAAAACUCCAGAUGAUUCUCUUGGGAAGCCGCAGCGUUGGGAAAACCUCAGUAGGGAAUACCAUCUUGGGAAUCAAAGAGCAAGAAGAUGGGAAAAGAACAGCACACUCUGUGGCCCAGCAGGGAUUUGUGGGUAAAACUGAAAUAACUCUUGUUGACACACCAGGUUGGUGGAAAGGCUUCCCUGUGUUUGACACUCCUGAAGUGAUCAAAGAGGAACUGAGGCGCAGCAUGUUUCUGUGCCCCCCCAGGCCCCACGUCUUCCUUGUGGUGAUAGAUGCAGAUGCAUCCUUCAAUGCCAAACACUUACAUGCUGUAACAACACAUGUGGAGCUUCUUGGAGAAGGAGUGUGGAGACACACUAUGGUAGUUUUCACCAGAGGAGACUGGCUGGGAACACACACCAUAGAGGAGUACAUCGAAGGGGAGGGAGAGGCCUUACGGUCUCUAGUUGAACAAUGUGGAAACAGAUAUCAUGUCAUUGAUAACAAGAAUACUGAUGAUGGUACUCAAGUCACAGAGUUACUGGAGAAAAUCACUGAGACUGUAGCUAGAAAUGGUUGGGACCAUUUUGUCCGAGAUGAGCAGAUAUUUAUGAUGAUUGAAGAAAGACGAAGAAAAGUGGAAGAAGGAGCAAGACUGAGGGAAAGUCAAGUCAAGGCCAAAAGAAACACCGUCAGAGAUUCCAGAAACAGGUUACAGGAGCUGAGGAUAGUGAUGUUUGGUCAGAAGAAGUCUGGAAAGAGUGCAACAGGAAAUAACCUCCUGCAUAAAAAAGUGUUUCCCACUUGUGACACUGAGCACUGUCAGGUGGAGGAAGGGGAAGUUGCCGGCAGAAGGAUCACAGUGAUCGACACCCCAGGCUGGCAGAGGGAGUCCUCCCAUUGCACCACAGAGAUGGAGAAAGAGAUUGUUGGAGGUCUUUCAGUGAGUCCAUUAGGGGUCCAUGCAGUUCUGCUGGUCAUUCCUUUGGACCUGAUGUUCAGAGAGGUUCAGCAGGUCGCUCUGGAGGAGCACAUGAACCUUUUUGAUGCCAGUGUGUGGAAACACACGAUGGUUCUGUUCACAUACGGAGACAAACUAGCAGAUAAAUCUGUAGAGGAGCACAUUGAGAGGGAGCACGGUGCUCUAUGCUGGUUGGUAGACAAGUGUGAGAACAAGUACCAUGUCAUGAACAACACAAAAAAAACUGAUAUGAGUCAGGUCACUGAGCUGUUUGAGAAGAUAGAGGAAAUGGUGGCAGGGAACAGCGGCCGCCUCUUCUGCCCGGACAUGAACGACAUCCACCUGAGAAUUGAGGAGAAGUUCAAGAGGAAGCAGAUCAAACAUGUGCUGAAGCAUCGAGUGGAGAAGGAGUACAGGAGGAGAGAGCUGGAGCUGAUGAUGGGCUUCAAGGAAAAACUCCUUGAACUGCAGGCUGAGAUCAGGGGAAGUGCAAUCAGCACUAAAUCUAAGUCACUGAUUGGUGACAUGUCCAAAAUCAAAACCAGAGGUAUUGGUCAGUGGAAGAAGGAGGGAAAGGAGAAGGAGGAAAGCAUAAAUGCAAAAAUUAACCAGGAAAUUGAAAAGCUGGAUAAGGACAUACUGAGAUCGACAAUUCUUCUUCAGAGCAGCAAGGACUGCUUGACUCCUAGCCUGGAAGGAGACAGUCCAGCACCAUCUAUUGCUGCGUCUUUAUCAGACAGGAAAAAAUCCACUAGCACCUUUGACAAAGUUCUGGGCUGGAUAUCUACACUUCCCACAGGUGCGAAUGCAGACAACGAACUGACCCUCAACUUCUCUCAGACAUCAGGGUACAGAUCUGUGCUCCCACGUGAUGGGUUGGACUUUGACACAGAGGCUGAUAUUCCAGAAUGAACAGUCUCAAUAGGCUGGUGUAAUAAAAAAUGCAUUCUAGCAUAAAGGAACUGAUUUGCCCUCAGGGAUUUUUGAUAUUGUAAGAAAAGGGUAACCCAACUUAAAAUAUAAUGGAAGAAUUAAUAUCAUGUAAUAAUAUGACACAGUGCUUAGAAGGUAGCAGUGGCCUGAAAAUUAGAGAGGAGAGCUUGUGACUGAACAGCUCAAGUUAGUGGUAAUUUUGAGGGAUGUGGUUAGAAGGGUUUUUGUUUUUGGGGGACUAUACUGUAGCUACACCUUACUUAUAACACUUUCAAAUCAUUCAACUGUACUAGAUCUUCCAUCCUUUUUUCCAAGUGAUUUAUUCCUAUACAACCUGUUUUCAGAAGGAGAGAUUAAUUCUUUACAAUUUAAUGUCAGUGCACUUGGACGUUUCCACAACAAAAAAAAUCUACACCUUAAAUUAAUAAGAAAAUGAGGGAUGGUUCAGUGGUACAAAAAAAGAUCAUGGUCCUCUAUGUCUUGACAUUUUGAGAUCAGAACAGCAGUUAAAUUUAUACAUAGUCAAUAAAACUGCUGGGCAGUAAAUCAAAAGACACAUUUAGGUGUCUCUUCAUUUAACUUUAACUUUAAGAUGUCAGAAGAGGGCAUGCCCUAAAGUUAAAAAUACCAACUGAGCCAAUAAAUCAUCAGAAUACAAAUUAUGCUUAAUCCAUGAAAACAUUUGUUAAUGUCAGAUGUUUUCAUCUUACAAAUCAAAACAUAAAUCAUCCAGUUUCAGUGCAGACCAAUGAACUGUUUUCAUCCUCUUUAUAAAGUAUACGGCUUUAAUAACAAAUUCAAAGAGACAGUUAACUGCCAAGAGCAUGGUUGAUCUCAGUCCACAGACCUUGUUGAGAACAGUUUCAGUGACAUUUCCAUUUGCUCUCCAUUCUCAAGGAACAGGCUGCCCACAUUUGUGUUGCUAUAGACAGAUAUGAGUUUUAAAUGUCAUUUUUUUUGGUGAGUGAACUUAAGACUGAUCCAUACUUGAUUUUUGUGCCAGUACAGAUAUGUAGAUUUUAGUUUUAGUAGAGUUUAAAAAAGAAAGCAAAAACAAAACAAACAAAAGACCAUACAUGGUAUAUUGGCUGAACAAGUAAUGUCAUCACUGUCAUCACUCAACAAUGGCAAUAUCUUUGGCAUAUGCAUACUGAAUUUCUUUGUUCAUUAAUAAAAAAUAAGAAAAAAUA